CGGGACUACUCGUUCAGUUGGGGGUUUUCGAAAACACUAUCAUCGAUUAUCUACUUGCUUUUUACUUAAGUUUGGCACGAAAAAGCGUAUUAACAUUAGAAAAUAUUAGGAAUUACUACGAAUUUAUAGUUAGUAUAAAUGGAGAGAUUUUUUUUUCAGUUUAAAGCAGUUUUUACUCAGGCAAUAUUUUGGACCUCUAUUAUUUCAAUAAGGUCCUCACGUUACCAUCAGCGUACUUUCCACUAGAUUUUUUUAAGCAAUAAACGUUUGAUGAUUUAACAGAUUACGAACAAGCGCUUUUUAAAAACACGUGUUUAGGAAGUAUUGUGACGAAACUGAUAAUUAUCGCUUUGUAUACGCUCGUUCGAGAUGUUGAGCUCCGGCCGUCGUGCCCUUGGGUAUCUGCUCGACCAAAUCACUACCCGGGGGUUUUCUGUGACUCCUGUCCAGAGCACCGUGGUGGUGGAGCGCUGGUGGGAGGUGCCCCUGUCCAAAUUGGGCAGCCCCCCGAGGUUGCACCCUCGCAGGCACCGCAUCUACAAGCUGGUGGAGGACACAAAACAUGCUCCCAAGGAAAAGAUGGAGCUCAUCCUCACACAGAAUGUCCCCAAGUUGGGUGGUCGAGGAGAAACGGUGUUUGUCAAAAAGUCAGUGGGACGAAAAAAGCUGCUGGCCCAGGGGCUUGCCGUGUAUCCGUCUCCAGAGAACAAGCAGAUUUUCGCGGAGGAGUUAAGGCUUUUGCGUGAGGGCACCAUUGAUGAAAGAGUCCAAACCCGAACAGGACAACUGACAGUGGAGUACCUGAAGCGCUGCAAGCUGAGAAUCAACAAAAUGCCCUCGGAAGACUUUAAACUGACUAGUGAGGUGGUGAGGAGGCGGUUUCUUCAGCAGUUGAUCGUGGUGGUGCCUCCUCAUGCCUUGAAGCUUCCAUUUGAGCCCAUCACAGAGUUGGGCGACUACUGGUGUGAUGUAACGGUAAACGGAAUGGACACGGUCCGCGUCCCCAUGUCCUUGGUCCCCUAUGAGGACCAUUCGGCUAGUCAUCAGCGCCUCCUGAAGGCGCAGCGGCGCCAGCAGGCCGCUGAGAACGUGAAGCACCAAAUGGAAGAGGAGGGCGUGACAUCGCCAACAAGUGACAACCACAAACAGGACUAAAGGACACUAAAAGGACCUCUGUGGAUUGUUUUGACAUUAUUGUCAAAGAACACUUGCGGAUCGAGCCAUUGUCUUCUUAAAAUGGCGGUCACUAACGUAACUUUGAUUGUAUGUCAAGGUUAUUAUGGUUAACGAAAACUAACGAAGACCCCAAAACUUGGAGAAAAAUUUGAAAAAAAAACUAACAAAUUCAGAUAAGAAAAUGCUUUUUAAAAAAUGGAAACUGAAAUGACGUUUGAUAUUAUAGUUGAUUAUAUAUUCCAUUUCUUUCAUUUUGUACUUGACAAACAACUCGUAUAAAACAUGGAAGCUCAAUCAUUUUCCCCAAAAUAGAAAGUAAAAAAACAGCUGCUCAAACAACUCAUUGAAACAACAUAAUAAAAAUGAAAAAAAAUUGAAAUAAAAACCAAGCCGU